CAAUGGAAAAAAGAAAAACUCACAAAGUGAAAAUCCUGAAAAGCAAAGCACCCAUAAAAACUUUUCAUGAUAACUACAAGCACUAGCAAUUCCACCACCAAAAAAAAAAGAAACUAUUCUAUCAACUUGUCUAAAUAUUUCUAUAACAAUUCUUCAAACAAACUCAAUUAAAAACCUAACAGAAAAAAAAUACCCUCUUCACCCCUUUAUAUAUAUAAUCAUGUGGAGGUUACUAGUAACAAUGAGGCAAAAUUUUGAAAAUAUGGGAAAAAGUCCAAGAGUAGCUGAUGAAAAUAUGACAAAUAUUUGUAGAGGUCAUGAAUCUAGAUCAACAAGGCAACAUAAUUGGACAGGAUUUUCGAUUAUAUGUGGCUUUUUUCGUGCACCAUUGGCCUUAUUUUCGUGCUUAAAUCAUCCUCGAAUCAAUCGAACUGAUGGUGUUUGGGUUUCUGGAGAAUUUUCACAUAUUUCUGAAAUGAAUCAUCUUAUGGUUAGUGAUAGUAUGCGUUAUGCAAUAUUGAUGUGAAGAAAAAAAGAUUAUGGUAAGAAAUGAAAUGAAAUUUUAGUCAAGAUCUAGAGACUUUUUGUUUUUGUUUGGUUUGUGUUUUUUGUUUGGAUAUCUUUAUAUAUGUUGAUGUAUGUGAAGUUUUGGAUUUGUUAUUUUUCCUGAGGAAAUCUAGGGUUGUAUAUGUGUUAAUUCCUGAAUUUGAUUUUAUACCAC